AUGACAAGCUCAAUAGAAGAAAGCAGCGUCUGUUCUCCUGAUUCAACGGUAUCUUCUCUUUUAGCAAGCUAUAGCAUUGAUAGUAAUAAUCCAUACUCGAACAGUUUGAUUCACUACAAGGACAAGCUUUACAGCUCUGCAUCUGAGGCUUUGGAAGCUUAUAUUGAAGAUUUUGAUUUAAGUCUCACAUCUUCAGAAAUAAGCACUGGAAAAAUUUGCAUAUGUCAAAGCACUCCCAAACAAGUGAAGUUUUCCAAGCGUCAUGCCAAAGAAAACCGUGCAUUGGAUGAUUUUAACCAGCACGUAGGAUUGGGUUCUCUUGCUUCACCCUCUAGAAGGCAGACUGAGCGUGACCCAGACUUGAUGAGUCUUGCGACAGAUGAUCUGUUAGCAUUCCCAGCAGAUGGAUCGCUGCCCUUUCCCCAGCGUAGCCCUUUUAAAUCAAGGCAUCAAAGUAGCAAGCGGAACAGACGGUCACGUCAAACAUCUUUCUGCCCUUGCCAAACCUCAUCUCUCAAUACUGAAAGUUGUUUCAGGCUCUGGGAGAACGGGAAAGCUGUUGCUCACCAGAAUCCACACAAAGAUUUCAUCCAAAAGAAACACAAUGUGUGUACACCUGAUAGGUAUGAUUCAGUCUCCUCUAAAGGAAGUUCGAGACCAUUGUCUUUUGAAGAGAACUCUAACACUUUGCCUGUUAAGAAUUAUCCAAGGUGGCUUACUAGUCAGAAGUCUGACCUAAGUGUAUCAGGGAUAAGCAGUAUUCCCAAUUUUCACUACCCAGUCUGGCUUAAGAGUUACAACCUUUUUCUUGAUUCAACGAAAGAAAGUGAUGGUCAAAAUUUUGACGUAGAAGGCAAAGCUUCCUCUUCUCAAACUUCUGAGAUCCUGAAAAGAAGACACUUGGUAGAUAAAGACAGUUCUAAUUUUUUUGAACAAAAUUGUUGCCUGAAUCUGAGAGGUGAUAAUGAAGUAGAGGAAAGUUGCAACUAUGACAGUCCAGAUGCAUGCUUCCCUUCUGGUAACUCAUUUUCAAGACGUACUGAAAAGCCAUUCAGAGAAGACCAGCUUGAGCUACGUACCUUGAAGGCUGACAGAGGUCUGGAGAGUUCAACUGAAGAUUUGCCGAAUAAUUUGGAAAAUGAUGGCAGUCCUUCUACAACAGAUAUACUAGGAGCGGAGAGAUCAUGGGAAAAGGCUCCAGGUGCUUUCAAACCACCAGUGCCUGUGUACUGUGAGGACAUGGAGAAUGCUCUACCAUUCCCCAAGGUAGAUAUCAUACAUAAGUUCUUGGAAGACUGUUUAAAUGACAAAAAUAAGGAAAAUACUUUUUGUGGAGGUCAUCAUCCCAGACCCCUUGAAGCUUUGAAGCGAAUGUUGUUUAAACUUCAAGCAAUUCAGGGAAGUUUAAGCCAGAAUGAAACUGCCGAGCAAAAGGAAGAGUUUGAAAAACUUUCUGAAAAAGCAGAGGCUGAAUUAAACCUGUGUGACAGUGAGAUAAUCCCUCUUACUAAUUCUAUUAAGAAGGCUUUACACCAUUUGUCAUGUCUUAAAAGGCUUGUUGAAGAUAACAGUAACCAACAAGAGCAGACCGAUGAUCAUGAAGAAGAUAAACAAGAAAAAAGAAUAAUCUGUGAAGCUGAUGUCUAA